GACCCUUUUAGUUUCACUUUCUUAUUAUAAGAAUUCAGUGAGUUCAGAGAAUAUUUCAAGAGUGAAAGUAGAUGCUUCGACAGACACGGUACAGAAGCAGAUCAGAUGAUCUUUGUGAGGCUCUGCAGCGUCAAUUAAAAUUGAAAAUGAGCAACAAGGUAAACUGUCUGCCACCUGCAGAUGCAGAUGCACCCCAAGAUGCGACUAACGAGGCUACUGAUGAGGCUAGUAACGACGACACUGAAUUUAACAACCUUACAAGAGCAGAUGGAAACCAUCCCACAGCCCCCAAGAAUGUUGAACAUGAAAGCAAAACUGAAGAGAAAAAUAGGACUACUGCUCCAGAGAUGACCAACCAGCCAUGCCCAUCUGCAGCACAAACACCUGCAGAUGCUGUUAACGAUGCUGACGAACGUCCUCCAGGUCUCAAGAACUCUGGGAUUACAAAGCAACCUAAACAGCAGGACUAUCCAAAAAGGUCGACGAUGGAGAAAUUCUUCACUGUUGUGACUGGGAAUACUCUGGGGUCUCAUGAUAAAUUAAUUAACCGUCUCGCUGCCAAAAAACACUUAACCGAAGUGACGUCACUAGAGGAGUGUGAUGUCAUCCUGGCUUUCUGUCCCAUCGUCUCUCGUGCUGGGACUGAUAUUGAAGCAGCACUGGAGCAGAUUCCAGCUGGUAAACCUGUCAUCCUGGUAGUGCUGCAUCACACCUUCGAUCCAGACUACACUGUACCUGACAGUAGCAGACUAGUGACCAGAGGUGAUGAAAUACUCACAGUGGACUGUCUCUUCCAUGAGAACCAGGGACUACUGGAGUGUCCUCGCAAUGAAUCAGUGUUAAAAGACAUUUUGAAGAAGCUUGACAUACUUCCUGAGACUAAAAAGAAAGCAGUAGCCAAUAGGGCUCAGGAGAGGCAAACUGUACAGCCAAUGGAGACAGGCCUUUGGGACAUUUUCCUCAACAACUACUGUUGCUGUUUUCUACCCUCAAGAUUAUGUCCUACAGAGGGCCAGAACACUCCCCUUAUCCAAGAUGAGAGGACAGGGGCCUAUGAUACAAUUGAAAAGUUAUAAGAUAAAGAAGUGUAUAAGUAUAUUUACUUUAUGUGUAGGCCGCGGAUACAGCAUCAAACAAAAACAAGAAAUGUGUGCUUAAAAUACAAUUUAUACAUUGAUAAUGACUGAGAUGGUUAUACCUGUGAUAAAACAAUAUAUUCAAUAGUAUAAACUGGGUAGUUUAGCUCCUGGAUGAAGAUUAGCUGAAAACUGUUGUAUAUGAGACAUUUGUGCCACGUUCACGUGCUGGUCGGAACUCGGAAAUGUCCGUUUGCUAACUGGUUGAAUGCGGCACGUGUACAACCAGUUAGCAAGUCGAAAAUGUCCAAGUUUCUUGGUUCCGAACACUGCCUAUAAACCUGGUAGUCUGGGUCCUGGAUGCUGAUUUGUUGAAAGCUGCGGUAUAUCGGACAAUAUACCAUGGGUAUGACAUAGAAUUACUUGUUUACUGUUCUAAUUAUGUCGGUAACCAGUUUAUAAUGGCAAUAUUGCACCUUGAGGGUUUGUGGUAUAUGGCCAAUAUACCACGGCUAAGGGCUGUAUCCAGGCACUCCACUUUGCUCUGUGUCUAAAAACAGCCCUCAUGCUUUGUUCGUGACCAAGUUGGAAUUGACCACAUACGACUGGGAAAAAUCCACCUGAACGGCCCUCCAACUGAUCAUUACUAGUGGGAAACUCGUCCAUCAUCCUGAUCUCCCACUUCUCCCACAUGCUGAACUCAGACAUCACCUAUUAUGGAAAUUACCUCUGUAACAGCAUUUUCAACAGUUAAAUGCAAAAAACAAAACAAUUCAUAAAAGCUUAAUAGUAACAUGUUUUUAAACUAUACUUUGUUUACAAGCAUGAUAGCUGUACUUUUAGUUGAUGGUUUACGCAGCUCGUUGGCCAUUAGCCAAUCAGCGUUUCUAAACGAGUUCAAAGCGCGUGAAUGCGUCCACUGGUAAAUUCCCACCUCCCACUUGGUUAUGAAGGCAGCAUCAGCUGUGGUAUACUGGACACAUGCCACACCCUCUUGGGCUUUAAUUGCUUAAAUAUUACUAUGCCUAAUUUAUGAGCCGCUUAUUAUUUUUUUCUUUAACCAAAUCAAUAUUGACAUUGUGUAAUGCUAUUUGACCUUUAUUUUGUCAGAAAAUGGUGUAUUGUUGUGAAAAUAAUGACCUUUUGUGCAAGAAACUAAUAAAAACAAAUAGAUAAAG